GAAAUGGAAUUUUUUGUUCCAAUCAUGAAGUCAAUGUUCCCUGAGCUAGCUGUCUGACAAACAGAACCCAGGAUGCUUCCAGUGGCAUUCUCGUCGUUUUCUUCAAAACCAGUGUUCUUCUUCUAAACUUAAACUCAUAAAACCCCAAGCCUUCCUCCAUCAUUUGAGAUAAUACUUACUAGUCACCAUGAUCUCUACAUCCUACCAACAUACGAUGUACCAAGAAGCUGCACUCCUCGUUGCUCUCCUCCUCGUUUCUUCAAGUGUCGUCGUAUCAGUCCCGAUCCACGAUGGCUUAUUACCAAACGGUAAUUUCGAGAUGGGUCCUAAACCCUCCCAGUUGAAAGGAUCCGUGGUUAAGGAACGAAGCGCCGUACCAAACUGGGACAUAACUGGUUUUGUGGAGUACAUCAAAUCCGGUCAGAAACAAGACGAUAUGGUCUUGGUCGUACCACAAGGUUCCUCCGCCGUUCGCUUAGGCAACGAAGCCUCAGUUUCUCAGAAAAUCUCCGUCAUACCAGGCCGUCUGUACUCAAUAACGUUUAGCGCCGCUCGAACAUGCGCUCAGGAGGAGCGGCUUAACAUCUCUGUCACCCAUGAGUCAGGUGUGAUCCCUAUCCAGACGAUGUACGGUAGCGAUGGUUGGGACUCAUACUCAUGGGCUUUUAAAGCUGGCGGGCCCAAAAUCGAGAUCCGGUUCCAUAACCCGGGUGUUGAGGAGCAUCCCGCUUGUGGACCGUUGAUUGACGCCGUGGCUAUCAAGGCUCUGUUCCCUCCCCGGUUCUCCGGCAAUAAUCUGAUAAAGAAUGGGAACUUCGAGGAAGGACCUUACGUGUUCCCCAAGGCAAAAUGGGGAGUGCUGAUCCCACCGUUCAUCGAGGAUGAUAACAGCCCAUUGCCCGGUUGGAUCAUUGAGUCUCUCAAGGCCGUUAAGUACGUAGACAAAGCACACUUCUACGUCCCCGAAGGACAGCGAGCCAUCGAGCUUGUUGGGGGCAAAGAGAGCGCCAUCUCUCAGAUCGUGAGGACGUCAGUGAACAAUUUAUAUUCCCUCACGUUCAAUGUAGGAGACGCGAGAGACGGUUGUGAGGGACCUAUGAUGGUGGAAGCGUUCGCUGGAGGGAGAAAGAUCAUGGUGGAUUAUGCUUCUAAAGGGAAAGGUGGGUUUAAACGGGGAAGGCUUGUGUUCAAGGCUGCGUCGGCGAGGACACGUGUCACUUUCUUGAGCACGUUCUACCAUAUGAAAAGCGAUCACUCUGGCUCCAUGUGUGGUCCCGUGAUUGAUGACGUCAGGCUGGUCGCGGUUCGGAAACUCCGAGGGUGAAUGUAGAACUUACUUAAUUGGGGUCAAUUAAAUGACUCGAUCGGUUGAGAAUAUACGACAAUGGUUAUUUGUAAUGUAUGUUUCGAAGAUUUACGUAAUAAGAAAAAAGAAAUUUACUAUCAAA